CUAUACUCUGGCUCUUCCCUUGACAGAAAUGGCUCAAAUAUAGCGAGCUCUUGACAAUCGCCCGCCUAUCCACAAAGCUCUUCUUCACUUUAUAGAAGGCACUCGACCUCGUCAGUCCUUGGUGCGCACUCGAAGUGUUCGCUCUCCUUGUUCCUCGGCCAUUGCAUCCCGCGCGACCAUCGGAAAAUGAUUUAGUCCAAUUAAUAUUGAAACCUCCUUUACUUCGUGAUCUGCCUUAUUCUAGAAGAGUGAGAUUAUUCCAACCGAAGCCAAUCUCUUCCGGCCGAUACUUCCAAGCUUCGCAUUAUACACCAUGUCUGAGACUCGGUCUUUCACCGUUCGACCGCUCUCGAAACAGACCAGAAACGAUCAUCGAGAUGCCUUUCGCGUAUACCUAUCAUCUUCCUCGUUAGCCGCUCUUAGACUUAGGGCUGGCGAUGUUUGCGCCCUCUAUAUCUCUGGAGAAGGUUCCAAAAAUGCUAUAGCCUGGAAUGCAGUUGAGAAUAUCCAGAAUACCGUCGUUCAGACUUCUCGGACUCUUCAGGAUUGCUACGGAUAUAAGAUUGGCGAAAAAGUUACUAUCAGCAAAGUUGAUGGGCCACUCGAAGAAGCACAGACGGUCUCCUUAGUGGAUUGCUCAGAUGAUGACAAGAUCACUAAGUUUGGCAUCAUACCCUCCAGCGACAUAAGCCAUUGGGCAUGGUCACUUGAAUUCCCUCUGGCGAGAUGUGAUGCAAUUGCCAUCGGUCUUGUUUUCGAACUGGAGCUUAGAGGCCAGCGACGCAGUUUCAAAGUGGCCGGCAUGUCAGGCCAAAGUCAAAACAGUGAUCAUACCUUGCUCAAAUUCACAGACACUAGCAAAAUCAUCAUCGGUGAGGACGUGGCACCAGUGAGUCGUAGGGAGUCCUAUCUGAAAGUGAAUUCAGAUGGCUUGGGUGGGAUGCAGUCACAGAUCGAUAGUAUCAACGAGAGUCUUGCUGAUUUCAACUCGGAUGCCAGUACUCUGACCAUGCCCCCAUUCUAUGAGCAUAGUCGAGGCAUAUUGCUCUAUGGUCCUAAGGGAACCGGCAAGACGGCGCUAUUGGGCCAAAUCCAAGCGGCGGGGUGGAGAAAGACCUUCAACAUUGGCUCCUCUACCUUUGGUAGGAACUCUGGUGACGCUGAAACAAAGCUGCGCAAUGCUUUUCAGGACGCAAUGCGUUGUCAACCAAGUGCUAUAAUCAUCGAUCAACUGGAGUAUAUAGCGCCGAGAAGAACCACCGUGGAGACCCAAUCAUUGACGGCCGCUGUGUGCGAGUGUCUGGACAUGGUGAAAGGCGCUCUAGUUUUGGUUGUGGCCGCGACUCGGCACCCGAACGAUGUUGAUGAUGUUUUAAGGACACCCCAUCGAUUAGCGAUUGAGAUCGAGCUUCAAGUGCCAACAGCGCAGGCUCGAAGUGAAAUCCUACAUGCCAUAUGCGGAAACCCAUCCCCUACGCUGAGUGACACGCUAAUAGAUCUCAUAGCGGAAAAAACGCAUGGUUAUGUCGGUGCUGAUCUAUUUGCAUUGCUUCAAUUGGUCUGUCGAAAGGCGCGAAAACGCCAAUCGACGGAGGAUUAUAUUUGUGCCACUGAUAAUGGCUCAAAUACGGGCCGAAUGGCUUUGGACGCAAAUAGACCCCUCGAAAUCGAGGAUGAUGAUGUUCUUUCUGCUCUACAGGAGACACGACCAACUGCAAUGCGGGAGGUAUUCCUGGAAACCCCUAAAGUGAGAUGGUCGGACAUUGGUGGACAGCAUGAGAUUAAAAGACGCCUACAGAAGGCAGUGGAGAGACCUCUGAAGCAUCCACAACGAAUGAAGAGAUUGAACGUAAACAGUAAAAAGGGAAUUUUGCUAUAUGGGCCACCGGGUUGCUCCAAGACGCUGACCGUGAAAGCACUGGCUACGGAAGCAGGAUUGAACUUUCUGGCAGUCAAAGGUGCUGAAAUCCUGAGCAUGUACGUUGGAGAGUCAGAAAGAGCACUACGGGAGAUUUUCCGAAAGGCACGGUCCGCGAGGCCUAGUAUCGUCUUCUUCGAUGAGAUUGAUGCAAUAGCCUCAAGGCGUGGCAGCUCAUCUCAGGGCGGGGUCAAUGUUCUUACAACACUAUUGAACGAGAUGGACGGAAUUGAAGAGCUGAGGAAUGUGUUGGUCGUCGCGGCCACAAACAAGCCUGAGGUCAUUGAUCCGGCCUUGAUGCGACCAGGCCGUCUGGAUAAUAUCCUUUAUAUAGGGCCUCCAGAUUUCGAGGCCCGGAAGGAGAUCCUGAGCAUCUGGUUCAGUAAGUCUGUGGUCCAUCCCGAAGUAGAGAUAGAAGCUCUAGCUGGGAAAAUGGAAGGAUACUCCGGAGCGGAGAUUGUUAGUAUAUGCGAGACAGCCGGUGAUGCUGCCUUAGAUGAGGAAGAGGAAACCGGACAGGAGCAGGACAUUCGAUUGAAACAUUUCGAAUACGCACUCCAGCAGGUUCGCAGGCAAAUAACAGCCGCCGUUGUGGAGGAGUACGAACGAUGGGGUAACGCUACAGCCGAUAUUUAG